AAGAUUACGAUGAUGUUUUAAGCUGAAUAUUUUUAUUCGAUUAUAACUCGAGUGAAUAUGUAAUAUUUAGGUACGUUGUUCGUGAAACAUUUGGUUACGUUUGGUAAAUUGUCACUUGAAAAAUAACUAAAUGGACAAAGAAUUUAUCUUCUGAGUGAAAAUAGGGAAGUAAAUUUCUGCAGUAGAAUGAAUUGAACAUAUUUUCCGUUGGAUAAUUUGAUUACUGUAAUACAACAUCAAACUUUUAUGCCUGAUUUUUCCGCCAUGCCAUCUGAAUAAAAUUUAUUUGUCGGUAAUAUUUAUUUCACAUCAGUCAUUUUUUUAAAGAAAAGAUGAAUUGCAUUAAUUUGAUUUUUACUGGAUGUCUACUUUUUGUGAAUACGUUGAAGAUAAACGGAGAAGAUGAAUGUAAGUUUAAUGAGCAAGUUAGCGCCGGUGCUAAGACUAUAUCACUGAAUACAUGGUCGAGGCGAGAUAGAGAAAGCUUAACAUGUACGUGGCACUUGGAAACUGAUCCAGGCACAACUAUCAACUUAUUCUUUCCAUUCAUAAAAUUUUCAGGACCAGAUACGUUAUGGCUAACAGAUGGAUCUUUGGAACAAGUGUUUCACAAUGAGGAGUUUGAAGUAACAUACGAAACCAAAACAAACAAGAUACGUUUGAUAGCUUUCGUUAUCAAUCCUUCAUCCACAUUUGAACUUCGAUAUCAAAAAGCAAGAAAAAGCUCGAGAUCCAUCGGUGAUGUAACUUCACAAAGUCUGGCCUCCUGCCCUCGUGGAAUUCAUAUUUACAAUUCUAUUAUUGACUAUGAAGAUCAUGACCUAAUUGAAGUCAAAUGUUCAAAAGAUGAAAGCUGUCUUGUUAUGAAAGAUUUCAAACUGCAAUCUGGAGGUGAACGUCUUAUAGCAGCUUCAUGUAUUCCAAAAGCGCAGUGCAAUUCAGUUUCUUGCGAAAAUAUUGUCGCCCUCGUAGCAUCUGGAUUUUACGACGUGGACUUAACUGCUUGUUCAACACAAUGUUGCGAAACAAUGGCAGAAUGUCGGCAAGCUAUGAAGAUCGUUGAAAACAUAGGUGACGAGAAAUGUACCAAAAACAUUCAUUUAGUUGAAGCAGGACGAAAGUGUAGGAAACCAUGCUCGUCGAAAUGGGACUGCAAGGCGAAAUCGAAAGAAUGUCUUUGUGAUGACCACUGUGGUCGAUCUUGCUUCAAUCCAAAUGCAGAUUGUUAUCUUCCCUCAGUCUAUUAUCCAAAAAUUGCUAAAUAUUAUGGAGAUAGACGACAAAAAUUACAGUACGAUUGCAAGGAAGGUUAUUAUAUUUACGGUGACAUAUUCCAGAAAUGCAGAACUGAUAGAAAGUGGUCUGGCAUUGAACCAACGUGCAUUCGUGGAUGUAAGCCCCCGACGAACAUCAUCCAUCACUCACUUGCAAUAUCACUAAAACUAGGAUAUGAUGUCGGAGAUGUUGUUCACCACGUUUGUGAAUAUGGUUACAUUCUUCUCGGAGAUUCAAAAAUUAAGUGCAAUGAAGAUUACACUUGGUCUACACCUCGGCAUAGUUGUGUGGAAAAUAAAUGUGGAACACCUCCAAAAUCUUCCGAUAAAUCAAUAUCUGCAGAUUCACCAACAAUCGACACGUCUAAAAGCGGAAUACUGCAAGCUCAUUAUAAGUGUGCAGAAGGAUACAAAAAUGUAGUGAAGGAAGAUUAUGCGUUCUGUCAGGAAAACGGCGUUUGGUCAAAACUGAAUAUCGUUUGCCAAAGAGUUGCAAAUUGUCCCAGAUUGACAGCAAAUCCAAAUUCCGAAAUGACUGUUUCGAACAACAAAUUUGCAACUUUUUUCUGUAAAUCUGGAUAUCGACUUAUUGGGAGUAGAAUAUUGAAAUGUGAAGAAGGUGACGUCUGGUCUACCAGUGCGCCUACAUGCGAAGCAAUACAAUGUCCGGAACUUACACUACCCUCCAAUCUUGUUGCCUCAUACUCGCGGACAGACAGACUUCGUUUAAUAAAUUCCACAGUUACUUUUAACUGCGAAGAAAAAUAUAUUCUAUUGGGUGAGAAACAAAUAUUUUGCAACGAAGCUCAGAAAUGGUCAGCCGAUGUUCCUUCGUGCCGUGCACGCCCAGAGAGGAAAUGCAUACUUGAUCAAUUCUAUUUGAAUAACCGAGUCACUGUUGAAAACUACGACGACAAGAAAGAAAAGAUUAUCAAAAAGAAAGGAGGAAAAAUAAAUCUGAAAUGUUAUGAUCGGAUAGUGAGGUCCAUAAGAUGUCGCGAUGACGGAAGGUGGUCAGUAGAUUACAGUAAGGUACAAUGUCGCUCUACCACUGCUAUACCAACUACUCUUUCUACAGUUACUACUACUCCCACGACUACCACGGACAGUUCACGAAUAUUUGCAGGACCUAGCAGAACUAAAUGCAAACCAUUAACAGCGCCGGAAGGAUCCAACAUGCGUCAGUAUCGAGAUGGAACUUUCAUUGUUAUAUUUUGUAAAACCGGUUUCCAAUUGCAAGGAGCAUCUGAGCUGAAUUGUCAGGAUAACGGUGAAUGGUCUGAUCAGUUGCCGAAAUGUUUAGAGCAAUUUUGUAAUCUGCCACCUUAUUCAAAGAGUGUCCAAGUUAUAGAAAGCAGUCUCCAAGGUGACAAUAUUUAUGCAAUAAGAUCCACAAUAACAUUCAGAUGCAAAAGGCAAGCCUUGCAUAUGCACGGAUCGAAGACACUGAAAUGCGUUGGGAUGAACGUAUGGGACAAUCCCACACCAACAUGUGGAUGUCCGGAACUCAUCAAUCUAUCCAAAUAUCUCACAGUUGAAUACAGUUCAGCAAGCACAUACGCAAGGUUUUCCUGUCAAAUAGGCUUCAAAAUAUUAGGAUUCCGAACUAUUUGGUGCGGAGCUACUGGUCAAUGGUCAGGGCCGCCACCAACAUGCAAAGACAGAGGUUGCGUACUAGAUACCUAUUUACUUAAAACUGGCGUUCAACUGCAAGGUCAUAAAGACGACGUUGCUUUUAUCCAAUUUUCGACAGGAGAUGAGGCUGUUCUGACGUGUUCUGGAUACGAAGUAGCUACAAUCACUUGCAAACCUUUUUCUACUUGGUCACUGGACUACGUUGACGUGACAUGUGACGAUGCCAGAAAAUUAAGCAUUCCGCCUCCAUUUCCACCGCCACCUUUGCCAACAAAACCUAAAACAAUUGAUUACACAAAAUGUGGUAUCGCUGGUGAUGUUGAUCGUAUAGACAAAAUUAAAGUGCUUAGAGUAAUUGAAGGAACAAAUGCAAUAGAAGGUGCAUGGCCAUGGCAAGUUGUUGUUCUAAAAAAGAAGUCUACAGUCAGUCAGACUUUCGACAACGUUCGAGGUGGAGCGUCCAUACUUAAUAAUCGUUGGCUGCUGACAGCAUCUCAUAUUUUCGAUUCAGCAAAACGAAGAGAGAAGAAUUGGCAAAAGAAUUUUAUAUUUGCAAUAGGAAUAACUGAAAUUCGAUUAGUUGAUGAGCAAGUUGGAACUGAAAGAUACUAUGAUGCGGAUAAAAUUAUAAUGCAUGAAAAGUUUACACUACAUAAUAUGAAAAACGAUAUUGCAUUAAUAAAGCUGGGAUAUAACUUAAUUAUCAAAAAUGAAGAUUUUAUAAUCAAUUCAGUAGGAGUAUUAGUAUUUAAUGAGGUUAUUCGACCAAUAUGUAUACCGUGUAUAAACAACUGCAAAGAUUCUCGAUUUUCUUCCUCUAAGUUUGACUCUGAUGAUUGUGAUAAACAAGGUGAAAAAUACAAGUUAUCGGGUACGGACUUUAACAAUUUCAGUCCAUCAGUAGUUACCGGUUUUGGACAUACUACCGAGCGAACACCGGACGAUUUCUCAGGAAUUAUUACGUCAUUAAGACUUCAGCAAGGAGCUUUGGAAAUUAAAAAUACUACAUAUUGCAAAGACAGGCUGGGUGUUAUGAGAAGGACGUGGGACGGUGCUCCAGAUUUUGUUCCUGGCAUAUUUUGUGCAAUUAAUUCUAAGAAAAACGUGGAUUCGUGCCAAGGCGAUAGUGGUGGGCCGCUCGUGAGAAAGAUCAAAUCAAAAGAAGGAGAGACGUGUUGGUAUCAAGUUGGCAUCGUCAGUUGGGGACUCGGCUGUGGUGCAAAGGUCAACGAUGUCGCCUAUCCAGGGUUUUAUACGGAUGUUUUCUAUUUCGUUCCUUGGAUACUUAACACAAUUGAGGAAAACACUUAGUAGUAGCAGCGCGCACCAGAAAUUCAAAAAUUAACAACUUUAAAGAUGCUAUUAACUUUUAUAUCUAUUGACUGUCAUGCUGUCAGGCUGGAAUAUUCAAGCUGUUUAAUGUCAGUGUACAUGUGCCAUAAUGUUUUUCAGACCUUCGGUUAUGAUACUUCGUCUCAGUUUUCCUGAUCGCAUUGACAAGAACUGCCUCAAGUACCUCGUCAAGUGGUGUUCACCAACGCGGUAUACCACGCUAUAAUUGGACACGAAAUGGACACAACGAUCGUUUCAAUAAUAUGUUGUUGUUGUUCUUGUUCUUUGACACAUUUUAAAAAAGUCGCUUUUCUCUUUGAUUACUGGACCAAUUGCUUUGAAAUUUUCA